AUGAUUAGAAAAUUAAUUAUUUAUUUAUUUUUUUUUAUAAUUGUUUUAAAAAUUAUAAAUUGUGAAGAAAUUGAAUUAAAAAAUGUAAAUUCAAAUUAUACAAUUAAAUCAUUAAAUUUAUUAGAUACAAAUAUUAAAAUUGUUAGUGGUUCAAUUUAUUUUGAAGAACCAAUUUAUUUAUUAGAAAGUUAUACAUGUCCAAAUGCAACAUGUCCACCAUAUCCAAGUGAAUGUCCACCAUGUGAUUAUACACAUAAAGGUUGUGAAGCUGGAUAUGAUGAUAGACCACCAGAAUGCGAAGUAUGUGAUGAAUUAUUUUCACAAAGAUUUUUCUAUACACCAUGUGAAAUGAAUUGGAAAGAUAUUGAAAUUGGUAAUGAAACUCAAGGUUUCAUAGACACCUAUUACCAAUCCUAUCAACUUUAUAGAUUUUAUGCGUCAUCAGAAUGUGUAGGUUAUAAAAUCACCUUUAAAACCAUCCAAGGUUUAGGUGAAAUUUCAUCAGAUAUUUAUCCAUUCUAUCCAUUGGCAAAUGGUGCAUCUAGAAUUGUACAAUCUGAAGAAUGUGAUGCAUCAAUUGUAAUGUGUCCAUCAUCACCAGCUUUAAAUACAACUUAUGCAGGUCACUAUCGUUCACAAUAUCCUUAUGGUACAGUUCAUAUUGCUAUUAAAAAUGUUGGUGCUGGUUCUGAUUUAAUUUAUAAAGUUUUAAUUGAAGAAAUUCCAAUUCAACCACCAUCACCACCAUCACCAUCACCAUCACCAUCACCAACUUGUACAAAUGUUCAUCCAGAUUAUCAAUGCUUAAAUGAUGGUGAAGAAGUUUAUAUACCAACACUUGUACCAGUUAAUUCAUUUUUAAAAUAUUCUUUAACAAUUAAUCAAUGUAAAAAUAUAACAAUUUCAAAUGUUGUUUUACAAAAUGAUGUUGAUAUAUUUGCAACUGAUAAUAUUUUAGAAUUAUCAGAAUUUUCAAAUACAAAUUAUAAAUGGUCUUCAACAUUUUCUUUGGAUGAUAAUUUAAUAAUUCAAUUAUGUCCAAAUAAAGGUGAAAAUAAUAAAACAUUAUUUUUUGGAAUUUAUACAUUUUAUGAAUCAGAUGUUUAUUUUUAUAUUUCAACAUUUGGUAAAUAUAAAUUAAGAGAUAUUACAAAUAAUCCAUCAUUAUCUGGUACUUGGGCAUUAGCAGGUACAAGUUUUUUAGAAGUUAAAAAAAAUGGUGGUAAAAAAUAUAAUUGUGAAAAUUAUGAUGUUGAAUGUACAGUUUAUUUACCAACAUUUCCAAGAACCAAUUUAAAUCCAUUAUAUCCAGUACCAUCAAUUUAUGGUGAACGUUCAUUAAAUGUACCAAAAUUUAAUGGUAUUGCAUUUAAUGAAACCACAUCAAAUUUAGUUUUAAAAAAUACUUAUCAAUUUGGAUUAAUAAUAUCAUUGACAGUUGAUGGUAAUACAUAUAAUUUCUUUAAUGAAGAGGAUUUGUCAAGUACAGUAUUAACAUUUAAAAAUAGAUUAGUCUAUGGUAAUGGUAGUUUAAUAGUUGGUUCUAAAUCAAUUGGUAAUCAAGUUAAUCCAGAAUGUACAUUUAAUAAAUUUUCAAAAAUUAAUGAAAUUUUCGAUUCAGUUUUAAAAUCAAUUGAUAAUGCAACUUCAUCAACUAUAAGUGGAUUACGUUACUAUUUAGAUGUGUUAAGUUUUUAUGAUGAUUAUAAUUCUUGUCAGAAAAUGGCCGAGAAUUUAUUAAUAUUAAAUCAAACUACAACCUUAAUAAAUACAACACUUUGCUCGGAAACCAAUGAUAUUAACAACUAUUACAAUGACCCAUGUUGUAGUUUUUAUGCAACUUUUAAAUCAGUUUGUAGACCAAGAUUACAAAAUAUUACAACAACAGUAUUCAAUGGUGUAAAUAACGAUCAAAUGAAUGAAAAAUGUUCAUAUCCAGAUUGUACAGAAUCAGUUUUAAAUACUUUCUCUGAAACUAUAACAGGUACACAAUUUGAACAAUGUAGUGUAACUCAAGAUGAACAAAACUAUUAUACAGAUUCACUUUAUAAAGUUUUUAGAGCUUGUAAACCAUCAAUUUAUCCAAUUGUUUGUAAAGAGGAUUUAGAUUGUGAAAAUUAUUAUAACUCUUCAAAUUUAAAUAUUACAACUAGUUGUAAUAAAAGAAAUGGAUUAUGUUUAAUUGCAUAUUCAGAAUUGGAAUUAAAUUUUGUAAGUUGUAUAUUAUCAAAUAUUUCAACACCAUUAAGAACUGAUGUUUUAUCAAUAUUGGGGUUAUUAAAUAAUAAUUUUGAAAAUGAAAGAGAAUUAUCAAUUGAAUUAAUGAAAAAACAUCAAACUAAUGAUUGUAAUUAUCCAUUGGGUACUUCAUCAUGGGCUAGAAAAAGUUUUGCAUAUUCAUCAAGUACCUCUACAAAUGGUUUUUGUUUUCCAUUGGUUAUUGGUUUAGAUCAAACUACACCAUCAAUAGUUUAUGAUAGUUGUUUCACUGGUUUAAAUAUUUUCACAUGGUUAGUUGAAGCAUUCCCAAAGGAUUCUUGUUUAGCUUUAGCACGUUGUAAUUGGUUAGAUUAUCAAGGUACAAUGAAUUGGUAUGAUGGUUAUGAUACUACAAAUUUAAUUAAUGAUUGUUUAAAUAAUAAUCCACCAGAUUAUUUCUGUGGUGAUUGUACUGAUCCAAUUAGAAAUUGUUAUGUUGAUUCAAACUUUUUAAAUCAAUCAUCUUGUGAAUCGGGUAACAAUAAUUUUGUUUGUUAUAAACAAGAUCAUAGUAAUGAUAAAUUUGUAGAUUAUGAUUUAUUUACUGUAAAUGAUGAAAGUGAAUGUUCAGAUAAUUAUGGUAGUUGUACAGUUGGUUGUGGUUUAGAAUGUUCACAAUUUACAGGUUGUUUCAUACCAUUAUCAACAUUUGGAACUGGAGUUACAGUUUGUCCAGAAAUUAAUAAUGAAUCACAUGAAAAAUGGUUUGAUGAAUCAUCAUCAACAAUGUAUUGUAUUUAUACAUCAAUUAAUGAAAGUACUUGUUCAACUGAUUAUUCAAAUACAGUAUUUAAAAAUUGUGGUGAUUUUUCAUAUGAUCAAUGUACUUAUUGUAAUGAUUUAGUUAAUGGUUGUAAUUCAUUUGGUUUAUUUUGUGGAUUAUAUGAAAUUCCAUGUACAAAUAAAAUUGAUUGUGAAAACUCUGGUAAAUGUGAUGAUCAAUAUUAUUUUAAUUAUAAAAUCGGUGAUAGUAAUCCUUAUCAACCAAAAUGUUUAUAUCCACGUACUAGUAAAGCAUUGAUUGGUGCAAGUUUACCAACUUGUGAAUUUCAAACUCAAAUUGAUUCACCAUUUGGUUGUUUCAAUUUAACAUUUAUAGAUCAAACCACUUGCGAACAAACUGGUGGAAAAUGGUGGUGGACUUUACCUGCUGCCAAUAGAGAUGAAUGUGAACAAACAAAAUAUGAACCAUUAUGUUAUGGUAUUGAUAGAUCACCAGGUGGUUAUUUACUACCAUUAACUUUUAGAUUUAAUGAAAAGAAUGAAAAUGAUUGUAAAUAUGCUGGUGAAACUUGGAAACAACCAUUUAGCUGGACAUCUGGUAUUUGGACACCUGCAGUGGCUGUACCAUUAAAAUGGAUUAAAAAUGAUGAACCUGUUAAAUAUAUUGCCAACUUUCAAUUGUCAUUGGAUUUAGGUAGAUUUUUCACAUCAUUUGAUAAUGCAGCACAAAGUAGAACCAAUUUAUUAUAUAAAUCUGAAAUUUUAUGUCGUACAUCAAAUUCAAAGAAUUCAUUAGAGGCAUUAUCAUGUGGUUGUUCAUCCGAUGGUAUUGGUGAUGAUUGUUAUAAUGAUUUAGAUACACCAGUUUUAAAAGUUAUAAAACCAUGUUAUGAUCCAUCAAAUACUACCAUUUUCAAUGAUGGUUCAUUAUCAUUUUCGUUGGGUUCAAUCGAUGAAAGUUCUUGUGUUUCAAUUUCAAUUGGUCAAAUUUAUAAAGAAACUUUCUUAUCUAAAAAAGUGAUUUCAUUAUCUUCAACUUUUGUAUCAUUUGAUAAACCUGAUGAUUAUUCAUUCUUUAAUAAUAAAAAAGCAGUAAUUGGUAAACUAUUAAAUGAUGGUAUAAAUUUAGAAAUUUUUGAUCAGGGUGUUAUAAAUUUUAAAAUUUGUAUGUCACAAACAAUUUCAAGAAAUUCAAAAAAGAAUCCAAUUAUUGAUUUUGGUUAUUUAGAAAAUAAUGAUCAAGGUCAAUUAAUACCAUUAGAAUGUUUAAUUGAAAUUGAUGAAAAAAAUAGAUAUUGUUGUUUAAUUAAUUUUAAAAAUUCAAAUGGUUUUAAUUCAAAUCAAAAAACUAAUGACAACGAUGAUGAUGAUGAAAUUUUAAAUGACCGUGGUGAAAUAAUUAAUUUUAUUGAAAUUGGUAAAAGAUCAUACUUUUUAAUUGAAAGAAUUUCAAAUUGGGAAAAUGAAAAUUUUAAACCAUUUAAUAAUAGUUCAUCAGGUUUAUUAUAUGUUUUAGCAGUUUUAUUUUGUUUAUUAGGUAUUUAUGGUUUAUUACAUCUUGGUUUCUUUACAAUUCAAAAAGUUUUAUCAACUGAACCAUUUAAAUUAGUACAUCUUUUAUUUUUAGUACUUACUGCAUUCUCUUUGAUUAGAUCAAUUUAUUUCUUCAUUUUACCAAAUGGUAUCAUUACAGAGACUACAACCGUUGGAAAUUAUAUUUUAGUGGUUUUACCAACAUUUUUAUAUUUCACUGCUUUUACAAUUGUAAUUGUAAUUUGGUAUAUGUUAAGUAACGCAUCAUCGUUUAGUAAUGAUAUUUACGGUCGUAUUAAUAUGAUGGUGUUUUUAAUCAAUGUUGUACUUUAUAUAGUUUUCAUUAUAAUUGUUAUAGUUUACAAUUUCACUAAACAAUCAACACCAAAAUCAUGUGGUGGUAGAUUAUUAAUUAAUUUGGAACAGACUACACCACAAAAUGCAGUUUCAAUAUUUUAUGCAGUUUUACAAGCUUGUCUUUCUUUGGCAAUUGGUAUUGCUUUCAUUUAUUAUGGUAGACAAAUUUAUAAUAAAUUAUCAGCUCUCUCUAGUAAAACCUCUCAAACCUCUGCAAAUAAACAAAGAAAUAGAACUUUUGUUAUCACAGUUUUAUGUGGUACCGGUUUUGUAUUACAUUGUAUUUUCAUUGUAAUCUUGGUUUCUGUUAAUCCAAGUAAUAUUAUUUUCUCUUUUGUUGGUUUAAUCGUAACUGAAAUGAUUCCUGUCAUUGUAUUACUUGUAACAAAUAAUCAAAUUCCACUUGGUAAAUAUACAAGAAAGAGUAUAAGGUCAAUUGUUAAAAUGAAAAAUACAAGUUCUUCUUCCUCCUCAACUGAUUUAAAUUCUUCUUCAAUUAAUUCAAAAUCAAAUAAAAAUUCUUCAAUUACAUUUGGAAAUGAAUCAAAUUGA